UGGGCGGCAGUGCGGGCAGUUGUGCGUGAACAGGUGUAACCACGCCGUGUCGCUGCUGCUCCCCGCCUCGCUCGCCACAUAAUCCCAGUGGAAGGGGAAGAAAGUCCUCAAACCGAACCGCGAAUAUUACCCUAAUCUCAUCUCCGCGGAUUGUGAGGAGGCGAGUCCGUUAGCGGCGGAGUCAAGUAGAACGCCGCGCCGCAGGGGCGACAAGUCCAACCGACAGGCGAGAGGGGGAACUUGAAACGAUUGGACGAGGUUCUGCGAGCUUGACAACCUGGUGAUUCGAGUUUUCCGAACAAGUGCUCUCACAUUUCACUCGUGUCUGUGCAAGCGAGUGGACUUGUUCGCGGCUGGCAAACGGGUUUUGGACUCACCCGGAUCUUUGUUUUAUCGCUGGAUUUAACAACAUUUCAGUCGGAUCCUGAAUUGACAAGACAACUGUUUGUCAAGUCCGCGGCAAUGGGGGAGCAGCCAAUCUACACCACCAGGGCACAUGUUUUCCAAAUCGACCCCAACACCAAGAAGAACUGGGUUCCUGCUAGCAAGCAAGCUGUCACGGUCUCCUAUUUUUAUGACAGCACACGCAACAGCUACCGCAUUAUCAGCGUGGAUGGAUCCAAGGUGAUCAUCAACAGCACAAUCACACCGAACAUGAUGUUCACCAAGACGUCACAGAAGUUCGGCCAGUGGGCAGACAGCAGAGCCAACACAGUGUUUGGACUCGGCUUCGCCUCGGAGCAACAGCUUGCCAAGUUUGCAGAGAAGUUCCAGGAAGUGAAAGAUGCUGCGAAACUGGCGAGAGACAAAUCUCAGGAGAAAGGAGAGACGAUGAGCAAUCACUCGCAGAUACAACUGGAGGAAACGGAGCCACAGCUGAAGGAGACUGGACGGGAGACUCCAUCGUCCAACCAGCCGUCCAGCAUCAAUGGGACGGAUGACGAGAAGAUCUCUCAUGUUGGGCCCGAGGCUGCUGUCCUGAAGAGUGAGAACGAGCUGCUCAAGAGCGCAGUUGAGCAGAGCAACACCAACGCUAAGAAGUGGGAAACCGAGCUGCAGACUCUCAGAGAAAACAAUGCCAGGCUGGUGGACGCGCUGCAGGAGUCGUCUGCAAAUGUGGAGAGUUGGAAGAAACAACUGACCACCUGCAAGGAUGAGAGUGACUCGCUCAGGACCCAGAUUGCAGAACUGGAGGCCCAGUGCAAUGAGGCGAGUCAAGAGAAGCAGCGAAACGCCCAACUGACUGUUCGAGUGCAGGAGCUGGAGGCCGAGCUGCAGGACAAGGAGCUGGAACUGGAGAACCUGAGGAAGCAGGCGGAGACCAUCCCUCAGCUCAUGGCCGAGUGUGAGAGCAUCACUGCCAAACUGCAGGCUGCAGAGAUGAAGAACAAGGAGCUGGAGGGUCGAGUGGACGGCCUCCAGCUGGACGUGGAGGACAGUCGGCAGAAGCAGGGUCAGAUGAAGGGCGAGUUGAAGAAGUUCAUGGAUAUGCUGGACGGGAAGAUCGACGAGCUGCAUGAGUUCAGACAGGGACUCUCCAGACUCGGGGUGGAGAACUGAGAGGAGUGAUACGGAGCUGUGAGGGUCAGAGGUCGGGGGUCCCCCCCCCCCCACAGUCACUCCAAACACAAUCGGCUACUGCUGCGAACAUGCUGGCAGAGCGAGGGUAGGAGGGAGGGGAGAGUCGACCUCUCGCUCUCCCAGCGCAUCACACACUCGCGACCUGGUGUUGUGUUUCUGUGGGGAAGAGCUGCUCGGUGGUGGGUUCUUCUCUUCUGUCCCUCUUUAUUCCGGAGGCUGCACUUUUGAGCGUGAGGCAGUGGAGAGGACUAAAAGGGCUAAAACCACUUCAGUAACUAGCGGCGUCGACCGCGUGGCCCCUCAGAGAUGAGACUUGUACUGACCGUCCUCGCUGCUGCCGCCUCCAGUCGAUCUCAGGUGUGUGUGUGUGUGUGUGUGUGUGUGUGUGUGUGUGUGUGUGUGUGUGUGUGUGUGUGUGUGUGUGUGUGUGUGUGUGUGUGUGUGUGUGUGUGUGUGUGUGUGUGUGUGUGUGUGUGUGUGUGUGUGUGUGUGUGUGUGUGUGUGUGUGUGUGUGUGUGUGUUUCCACAGUUCGUAAAACAAUAUGCACAGUCGGGACGCAAGGCCGCCACACAAAGUGCCUCCAGCUGAUUCUACCUGGUGAGGAGACGCGGCCUGGUGAUGCCAUCGCCAUAGUAACAGGAUGUGAGGGAAGCAUUAACAGAAUGAGUGGGAGCCGGCUUCGUAAUGACGCUGCUCUUGUCACUAUUUGCAUAAAGACAGAUCCCUCUCCGCCAUCCGAAAACCUUUACUGGAGAAAAGUUCUCCCGCAGGCGUGAUGUGGUGUGUUCCGUCGUGUCGUCGUCCGUCACCAAAGCUGUUGAUGUGCUUCCUCUUGUCCUGGUGGAGGUUUGGUUCGUGGGUGAGGGGACUCGGUGGCAGCAUGAGGGUUUUCAACAACACCACCACAAAAUCCGAUUCCUUUUCUUUUGGUGCCUCUGAGCGAGUGUUUUCUGGUACGACCGUCUUGAACAUGAUGCCUCUCCAAAUUGACCAUAAUAUAAUAAAGAUACCAAAUGGUUUGCUUUCAUUAUGAAGGAUGCUUUUGCGGGUUUUGUCAAUAAUGAAGACUUCAGUGUUUUGUUUUUCUUUCUUGGCUUUGAAAUUCUUUGAUGUUUGAUCUGCGUGGAGAUUUUUGCUGACUAUCUCCAACCUGCUUUUCCAAACAAUGUCUCCUGUAAAUGUUUGUUCAAUAUUGUAACAUAAUUCUGAGAAUUGUUAAAAAAGAAAAAUCUAGUUUAAUUAUUUUGCUCCGUGUCUGUCAUUCCUUUGUGAGUGGAAGAGGCGGGCUGCGAUGAGAGUGAGGAGGUGGAAGUCUGGACGCUGGUUUCCACAGGACGGAAGGUGCAGCUGGAUCUCCGUGGUCCUUCUCCUAGACAACGCCAGUGAGCUGAAGGACGUGAAAUCCCUUCUAUGGAAAUGACUGCAGUGCUGGAACAGACACCACGUUGCCAUGGCAACCCAGUGUCACUCAAUAUUGAGACUUACCAUCUCAAGAGAGAUGUGAGGUGAAAUUAGGCGUUUGACUGGCCAACUGUCCGUCAGCAUCACACACACGUGAUGAUCUCUCCCAGCAAGUGACAAGCUCUAAGCUCAAGCCUUCUAUACGACACGUAUGGAGGUUCACUUCGGACUUGCGUGGGUUUCGCUCCCGUUUCCUCCCACAGUCCAAAACAUGAAAUUGUCUAAGUGCACUGGUAGGUUUCACUGGUGGUCAGUCCAUAGGUCCAGCGUGUCCCGAACAUCUGGCCCUAGCUGGGACUGACCCCAGCGCCCCCACAACACUCAAAAGGGAUUUCUGCUUGAGCAAAACAUUCAAAGGAAGAGCACAGAAAGAGGACGAACAAAGAGCUUAUUGUAUCAGGGCAGUGCUGACACAUGCCCCACCGCCGAGAGCAUCAACAAAGGCCACAUACACAUCAGAGCCAAAUGACCAGCCAGUGCAACACUUGGCACCUGAACACACCAUCAGGAGAGCAGAUGGAGUUAGUCAGCACACGCCGGUUUGGGGCCACCAACCUAACAGUCCACGGGGAUGGAACAUCUCAACCGGCAAGGUCAUGCACUUGGUCCUACACUGUUCAAGUGGAGCAGGAUUCUGGUCCAGAGAAACAGACUGAAUCAGACAGUGGAGUCUAUGUAGUGGACUUCUCAAAUAAGAACUGAUCAAAGGUGAGGAUUUCUCUUCAAAUAAUGUUGCUCUGAGCGCAUUUUAAAAUUAAGUAGAAACAAAUUGAUAUCAGUUUCACUUAUAACGUGAGCAACAGCGCCACCUACAUGUCAGUUGUCGAACUGAGGUUUUGUCAUUACUGAAUUCUGAUGUAUGACUUUUUCGUGGCGACAUC